AGAACUGAAAAUGCCAAAGGAUUAUAAUGUUUUUCAAAUGCUGAUUGCAGCACUUUGCUGCUUUUAUCAUCGUAAGUCUAUUAUCAGAGUCAAGUUUUCUAGGGAGAGGCAAGUUAUGGACAACAGCCCAGAAAAACUGAAGAAGGAGUUAGAGGAAGAACUGCAGCUAAGUAGUGAAGACUUGCGUAGCCAUGCCUGGUACCAUGGACGUAUUCCUCGGCAGGUGGCAGAAGUCCUAGUUCAGAGAGAUGGAGAUUUUCUGAUUAGGGAUUCUCUCUCCAGUCCUGGGAACUUUGUUCUUACCUGUCAGUGGAAAAAUACCUCUCAGCAUUUUAAAAUCAACAGAACAGUUCUAAGACUCAAUGAAGCCUACUGCCGUGUUCAGUAUCAGUUUGAACUUGAAAGUUUUGACAGUAUCCCCGGCUUAGUUAGAUACUAUGUUGGGAAUCGCACACCAAUAUCAAAGCAGAGCGGAGCAAUUAUUUUUCAGCCUAUCAACAGGACUGUGCCUCUCAGGUGUCUAGAAGAAAAGUAUGGUGUAACUCCAGUCCGACAUAAAGAGCCAAAUAUCCCUGAAAGGAAAACAGAAACUGCAAAAAGGCUGAGUCUUGGUAUGUCCAGCAUGCAAUCCCCGGAGCAGAGCAUACCCAGAGGAAAUCUUUUGAGAAACAAAGAAAAAAGUGGUAGCCAGCCAGCUAGUUUGGAUCAUGUUCUGGAGAAAAGAUUCCCUCUAAAGGCUCACCAGUCAGAGAGCUAUCUGCUAAUAGGUUCAAGACAUCCAUCUCGAUUACUUGAAGCAGAUGCAGACUCCUGUCCAAGCUGUCCUGCAUUUAGAACAGGCAGUGAACCUUCUCUAAGCCCCACAGUUGCUCAGAAAGUCACCUCUGAGUCACAAGUAGGGGAAGCUCUUAGAGGAUCAGACAGUCAGCUCUGUCCGAAGCCUCCACCUAAACCCAGCAAAGCACCCCUGAUGAAGCCCCCAGAUUCUCCUUUGGCUCUCUACAGUUCAGAAGGACACUAUUGUGAACUAAGCCCUGCCAGAGAUCCUGCAGCAACAAAACAACAUUUAUGUCAGAAAAACAGCUAUGUGGAACAUCUGACACGAAAGGAGAGGGGAACACACUCAUUCAGGAACUCUGAAACAAACUAUUUGAUCCUGGAAGAUGACCCUACAAUGAACUCUGCAGAUCCUUUAGAAGCUUCAGCUGAGAUGGCUGAGGAAGACAGCAUCUUUACGGCACCUGUUUUUGAGACAGUGUCUAGUUUUAAACCGAAUGAUUUUGAAUCCAAACUACUUCCUCCUGAAAACAAGCCGUUGGAAACAUCAAUGUUAAGAAGAGUUAAGGAGCUUUUCACCAACAACAAUCCAAAGAUUAUUGCACAGCAUAUUCUUAGAAUGGACUGCAAGGUGGCAAGGAUACUAGAAGUUUCUGAAGAGAUGAGGAGGAUUAUGGGAGUGAACUCUGGUCUUGAACUGAUUACCUUGCCUUACGGACAUCAACUGCGCCUUGACCUAAUUGAAAGGCACAAUACCAUGGCAAUAGGAAUAGCUGUGGAUAUCUUGGGUUGCACAGGAAAUCUAGAAGAUAGAGCAGCAACAUUAAACAGGAUCAUCCAAGUCGCAGUGGAGCUGAAGGACUCGCUGGGGGAUUUGUAUGCAUUUUCUGCCAUUAUGAAAGCGCUGGAAAUGCCACAGGUCACUAGGUUAGAACAAACCUGGACCUCUCUAAGACAUCGUUAUACCCAGACUGCCAUUAUGUAUGAAAAACAGCUGAAGCCAUUUAGCAAAGCUUUGCAUGAAGGACAAGAUGAGUGGAAUAAGACUGUCAGUGCUCCAGAGAGCAACGUAACAGUGCCACUGCUGAUGCCUCUUGUUACCUUGAUGGAGCGACAAGCUGUCAUUUUUGAAGGCAUGGACCUGUGGGAAAGCAGUGACCAAAGCUGUGAAAUAAUGCUCAAGCACUUGGCCACAGCUCGUCAGAUAGCACAGAACGCAGAAAUGUACAGCCUGACUGCAGAACGGAUGCUGGAAGGUUUCCAGCCAGAUGAAGAGAUGAGCGAAAUCUUCAAGACAGAAUUUCAAAUGAGAUUGCUCUGGGGCAGCAAAGGAGCCCAAGUUAAUCAAAAUGAAAGAUAUGAGAAGUUCAGCCAGAUUUUAACUGCACUUUCCCGAAAACUGGAACCUCCUCCAGUGAAGCAGGUGGAACAAUUAAGUAUAUAAGACUCCGUAAACACUAUUUAAAUUAUAUACUUGAAAUAACCUUAGCCGCCUUUUGGCAAUUUGAUACUGCACAAACUUCUUGCAUUUCACAAGAUGUUUAGAACUUUUUUAAUUGCACAAUGCACACUUGUUUUAAAACUACUGACUUCUAAACAAAUUAUUUAUUUACUGUGUCACCAAGUCAUUUAAUGAUCCCUUUAAACAGUUAGGUUAUCCCUGUAAGAUAGUCUUACAGCUUUCUGUAUCUCCCCAGUUGCAAUGUUUUGGUAAUGCCUAGGAGUAAGGGCAUUGGCUUUAAAAUGAAGCAAAUAGUGUAAAUAAAAUGAUAGAUUAAGUAUGUGACAUUGCAGAAAAUUUGUUGUAUAAUGUUCCUUUAAUGAAUAUAAAACACUGUACAUAGAAUUGUGAAUUAAAGUGUAUCUUUAUGCAAA